CGGGACCGCCUCAGCGCCCUCAGCGACGACCUCCUCCACGAAAUCAUCACCCAGUACCUCCCCGUCACCGAAGCCGCCAAAACCGCCGCCCUCGCCAGGCGCUGGCGCCACCUCUGGAGCUCAACCCCGCUCGUCCUCCGCGACGCCGCCCUCCCCGAGCCCGCGCGCGACGCCGUGGUCCCGCGAGUCCUCGCCGAGCACCCAGGCCACUUCAGCGCCGUCGUCCUCCUCGACUGCAGGCUCGCCUCCCUGGACCGUGAGCUCCCCGACUGGCCGCGCCUCCUCGCCGACAAGCACACCCAGAAACUCUAUCUCGCCAACCGCUCCACCCCGAACCUGACCUACGACGCCUUGCCGCACAUCCCCGCAGAUAUCCUCCGCUGCGGCUCGCUCCAGGAGCUCUUGCUGGGCUUCUGGGCGUUCCCCGUCGACCUCUCCCACGGCGCCGGCAUCUCUCUUCCCAACCUCCGGUGCCUCACCUUGAUAAUGGUUGCCAUAAGAGACGACGACCUCGAGCACCUCAUCACCGCCUGCACCGUUCUGGACAUCCUGAAGCUCAGCGGCACAACACCCAAGCGCAUCCAUCUCCGCAGCCCAAGCCUCCGGUGCGCGCUCGUUGGGCUGUCCAGGGUGGAGGACUUCGCGGUGGUGGACGCGCCGCUGCUGGAGCGGCUCGUCUUGUUUCUGCCCAGUAAGGUUGCCAUGGUCAAGAUCGGUUAUGCAGCCAACCUGCGGGUGCUCGGCCACCUGGAUACAAGAGUUCACAGGCUGCAGAUCCGCGACACCGUGAUCGGGCUUAACACAGUGGCCAGCAUGAGCACUGCGAUUCCAAGCGUCAAGAUAUUGGCGGUGACUGUGAAUUUUGGUGUCCUCUGGGAGGUCAAGAUGCUGGCCUGCUUCCUCAGAUGCUUUCCCAAUAUUAACACGCUGCACAUCGAGUCUGCCCUGCAUGGUCCAUCUGUAACUGCCAAUGAACCCAGUGGGGAGCAUCAUGCCAGGUUCUGGCAGGAGGCAAGUCCGGUUGAAUGCGUGAGAUCAGACGUCAAGAAGAUGGUCAUCCACGAAUUCCGAGGGAAUCAAAACGAAUUCCAAUUCCUCAAGUUCGUCGCCAUGAAUGCCCAGGAGCUGCAGUCUUUGCAUGUUGUGUUGCAAGAAGAAAACAUUUCUUUGAGUGACAAGGUGAACGAGAUAAGAGAGAAAUUGGAGAGUCUUCAGUUUCAAACAGGGAUCUCUGGAGUGCUGCUGGUGUUGCCUACAGAGGGCACUCUUUCGAGAUUGCAGAAAGCAACCGAUCUCACAUUCGAUGACCCUUUUCGCUUCUGAAUGCUUUGUUAUUUUGCCCUAUGUUUUUCAUGAUUGAUCCGCUCCUUUUGGGGAAUCGCUGACUGUAGAUCAUGUUGUUUCGGGUGUAGGCAUGCUUCUCCUGAGAUAUGGCUGAUUUCAACUAGCAUGAAUAUGUAAGUAGACUUGAAGCUAGAACAAGUAUCCAAAAACAAGUGUUAUUUUCCAUGUGUUGUCCAAUAUCCAUGU